CAUGCUCAGUGGCGCGGCCGGCUGGGUGGCCCGGCGAGCUGUACCCGGAUCUGCUCGGCAGCAGCCGCUGCGACGUGAGCGCGCAGGGGGGCGGCGGCCUUCCCUCGUCUACCUCUUUGCGCCUGGGUCCGGUGGGUGACGCCGAGCGCGAGAGAGAUGUCGGAUUUCGACAGUAACCCGUUUGCCGACCCGGAUCUCAACAACCCCUUCAAGGACCCAUCAGUUACACAGGUGACAAGAAAUGUUCCUCCAGGACUUGAUGAAUACAAUCCAUUCUCGGAUUCUAGAACACCUCCACCAGGCAAUGUGAAAAUGCCUAAUGUACCCAGUACACAGCCAGCAAUAAUGAAACCAACAGAGGAACAUCCAGCUUAUACACAGAUUGCAAAGGAACAUGCCUUGGCUCAGGCUGAACUUCUUAAGCGCCAGGAAGAACUAGAAAGAAAAGCAGCAGAAUUAGAUCGUCGAGAACGUGAAAUGCAAAACCUCAGUCAACAUGGCAGAAAAAAUAACUGGCCACCUCUUCCUAGCAAUUUUCCUGUUGGACCUUGUUUCUAUCAGGAUUUUUCUGUAGACAUUCCUGUAGAAUUCCAGAAAACAGUAAAGAUUAUGUACUACUUGUGGAUGUUCCACGCUGUAACACUAUUUCUAAAUAUCUUUGGAUGCUUGGCUUGGAUUUGUGUUGAUUCUACAAGAGGAGUUGAUUUUGGAUUGAGUAUUCUGUGGUUCUUGCUUUUUACUCCUUGUUCAUUUGUCUGUUGGUACAGACCACUUUACGGAGCUUUCAGGAGUGACAGUUCAUUCAGAUUCUUUGUAUUCUUCUUCGUCUAUAUUUGUCAGUUCGCUGUACAUGUUCUGCAGGCUGCAGGAUUUCACAACUGGGGCAACUGUGGUUGGAUUUCAUCCCUUACUGGUCUCAACCGAAGUAUUCCUGUUGGAAUCAUGAUGAUAUUCAUAGCAGCACUUUUCACAGCAUCAGCAGUCAUCUCACUAGUUAUGUUUAAAAAGGUACAUGGACUAUAUCGCACGACGGGUGCUAGUUUUGAGAAGGCCCAACAAGAGUUCGCAACAGGUGUGAUGUCCAACAAAACUGUCCAGACCGCAGCUGCAAACGCAGCUUCCACUGCAGCAACUAGUGCAGCUCAGAAUGCUUUCAAGGGUAACCAAAUUUAGAGAAUCUUCAAACAAUACACUGUUACCUUUUGAUGGUACUUUUUUCUCUAGUUACUGUAUUCUAUAAAUAUUUUUAUGUUUAAAACACACAAUACACACAGCAUGUAUAUCUCUUAUUCACUUGUGCAUGGGUGAAAACCAGAAAAACAUCCUCGUCUUAUUAUUUACCUAACAGUUUCUUAAGAUUUUAGUGCCCCUUGCAGAAAAACAUAUUACCUGCUAAAUAAAUAUUCUCCAUAUUUUUUGGAGGAUGAAGGUUCAGCAGAUUAUUUCAGUGGUAAGACACUGAAAUUAACAUGGUAGUUAUUAUUAAAAAUGCAUUUAGUACUAGCUGCAGUCAUUCUUUCAAGAAUCUUAUACUUAAGGGUUGCACAUUGGAGCAGUAAAUUGUUGCUUCAUUUCUCUUUCCUUAUUUAUAUUGAAAAAAAUAGACCAUCAGAGACUUAUGGAUUUUUAAAUUGGCUUGCUUUUUAGCAGUUUCAGUCACCAGUGAAGAGCCUAUGUGCAUUCGUAGUAGAUAAUGUAAAUUUUAUCUUUUUCUUUUCUUUUUUUAGAGUAGUUGAUACUUUGAUAUCAAUCUCGGAUCUUGCAUGGGCACCACGUUUCUUAAAUUAAAAGAAUUAGUAUUUUGGGUUCUGCACUGCUUAUGGUUGUAGGAUUGGGAAGUUGUAGAAUUAUAGAAAUGAUUUUCUAUAAUAAUUUCUUUUAAAUAAAAGUUUACUGGGGUGUAAUGAGAAUAUAAAAUGCAGUGUAUUACCCAAAAGAAAAGGUAGAAAAUUGAUGGAAUAGAAUGUAAUGAUGAGAAUUCCUUUUUUAAAAAAAAUUUUCAGUAUUCAUAUCAUAGUAAAAUAUUACUGUAUGGAAACUUUGGUAUAUUCUUGUGGCUACCCUUUUUAAUUGAACUGAGAUUGUAUUUGGCAGCUCUUUUUUGGGGUGUGUGUGUAAUUUUUAACAGAGGUGUUAAAGUCUAGCCUAACUCCUUGUCCAUAAAGAACGUACAGUAUUUAAGGAUUUUUUUUUAGCCUCUCCUAUCUAGUGGCAUUAAAAAUAAAAAGACCCUCGCAUACACAUACUUGAAUCCCUAAUGUAUCUCGGUCUUUCAAUUUUUGAGACUAACUAUAUUAAAAAAAUUUAGUAGUAGAAAAAAUAAAACAUUUAACUUGCACCAAGCAAGAAAAUACACAGUUGAAUGCAUUAAUUAUGAAUGUAAUCACUUUAAAAUUGUUAUUGUGUAGCACAGGGGUUCAUUCUCAGAGUAUGCUUUUGGGUUGAAAGUUUGAAUCAUGUUUAAUACUGAUUAAGAGACCCAAGACAUUUGUAAAGUAGUGAUACUGUGUUUUUAAAGUCAUUAGCUAAUUUAAGAUUACAGAAUACUAGGCAGUGAUUUAUUCAAUUUGAUUUUAAGUAAGGAUCAUUUAUUGGAUUAUAUUAUUUGAGACUGCACAUCCUUUUUAAAAAAAAGAUCGGAUGGACACAAAUGGUUAAAUCCCUUUUUCUCCCCUCCCUAACUCUGGGCCGGAAUGGUGAGUUCUCACUGUUUAUGAAGAGGCUUUGCGUGGCAUUGCUGCUGGGUGACUCAGAUCCAUCCAGGUGGUGUUUACAUUGGAUUUAGUUAGGACUUGACUGAAGUAAUAUACUUGGAAUAUAUUUCUUUUAUUUUGAUGAAAAUAGGGCUCAGAGUAUGACUUUAAAGCUGUUUAUGAGUAUUUCUCAUCAGCGAUAAUCUCCACCUACUUUCUCAACCAAAUAAGCCAGUUCAAGAAUUACAGUUCAGAAUCUGUAAUCUUAUUGAAAAUGUUUCAUCUGUGUGCUUUAAUUAAGUGUGGAUUUUACAGACAUUAAAAACAUUAACCACAAAAUACAGCAAGAACACUAUGUCCAUUAUUAAUUUAUAUCUCAAAUCCAGUACAACUAAAAGAUGUAGUGUAGAGACUUUUGGAAAAUGCUGAGAUACUGUUCUUCAGCAUCAGAAGUGUCUGUACCUGUUCUGUAGAAACCCCAUUGUUAAAUAGCAGAGAGUGAUUACAACCAACAGUAGCUUUUUUGUGUGGACGGCGAACACAUUGUUAUAAAUUCAGUUGUUUGGAUUAAUAAAAGCUUAUAAGAGAAUUGUUUUUUAAAAACAUAAAUGUGCAUUAAAAUGAUGGCAAUGCUCACAGUUUGAUAACGUGUAGGGGGUUUAAAUUCUUAUAUUUUCUACUCCCUUAACAAUAAUUAGUAAACAGUCAUGUUUUGACUCAGCAAAAGAUAGGCAUUUGUUGAAGUGUUUUAUAUUUAUUAUCAACAUUACCCAGUAUCAGAAUCAUGAAAUGGUCUUCACAGGGUAAGCAAGCACCCAGGUCAUUUUUUAGUUUGCAAUAUUUACUUGUGGCUGUUUUACUUAAAACUGAAGUUUGAACACUGGAAAAUCAUGGCUCAGUGACGUGUGAUUUGGGACUUGGAUUAUUUAUCUAGGGAUGUGUGUGUGUCUUGUCAGGGAGCAGUACUGCGCUGCCAUCAUGGUGACUGUCGCAGGUCGGCACAAAUGCCCUCCAUCUGUCCCUCUACUGUUGCAUGUUUUCGGUGGUUUGGAAGUUUUGUAUAUUUAUUGUAUUAACACAGAGUGUUAUAAAAUAAAAUGCUGUUUAGUGGAUAUUUGUAUAAUUUUAAAUACUUUAUUAGCAUGUCAGAGGCAGAAAUUGUGCUGAUGGUUUAAUGUAUAUAGAAAUUCCACAUUUGAAUUUUACAAAAUAAGCUGUAUAAUUCUAUCAUGUGCUAAAGAAAAUAAACAUAAAAGAUUAGGUAAAACUCUCAGCAAUAUAAAAUGACAGUGUUUCUGUUGCAUUAGACCUUUGUAGGUAGUGAAACAUGAGCUUCACUCAUAUUAAAUAUUUUGACCACUUUAAGGUCAAAAUACACAGACUGUCUAGAAACUCAAAGUGAAAAAAUGUGUUUUGUGGCUGAGAUUUUUCCCAGUGGGUUCAAACGUAUGCCUCUGCACCAGUGUUGCGUUGAUUCGAGGGAGCCCGUGUUCUGUUCCUGACCUCGUUACCUAUUGCUGUUUUAUGUGCUGAUGGUAGUACCUGUGUGCUUUUUUACUUGGUUAUUUAAAGAGGAUGUUAAAAUGUAAUAUAAAAUUAUGUUAAUGGUGAAUCUUAUUUUGAGAAAUAUGUGUUCAGUUAAAAUAGGAACAGCAUUUUCAAUUUUCUGGGUGUCAGCUAAAAAAAUGAGUUUGGAUUGUCAUUGGAUAUGUAUCUCCCUCAUGUGGAGAUGAUGUAUGGUUUGCAUUUUAGAGAGAAUUUAUGUUAAAUUUUUUAGUUGUUUCUGUAAAUUGUUUGUAGUCGCAUAAUGCUUUUACAGUUAUUGCAAUAUCUUUUUCUGAAAACACUAACAUUAUUAGCAUUUAAUUUUAUCCUUAUUGGUAAAAUCUGUGUUUAGACUGUUAAUGUACAGAACUUGUUAUCAUUCUACAUACAUUUUCCCAUUGGAAUUACCAUUACUGUCAAAUGUCAUUUCACUGUAUCUCCUUCCGUUUUUUCCUUAAGGAAUGAGUUUAGAGGAAUUUGUUGAUUUCAUGUGAUUAAGACCUUUAGGGGUGAAAUAAAAGUGGUUAAUGUAAAAAUAAUUGAAGAUGGUUAAAAAAUAAAAAAUACCUUAUUUGAUAGA